GACGUUUGCCGGGAUUUCCUGAAGGCGCAAUGUAGAGUCCUUGGGGCUGCCUGUGCUUGCCGAAACUGAGGGACGAUGUUGGGGAUAGUGGAGAGUUUUUGAAACGACUGGCCAAACAGUUCUAUCGCAGAGGACGUUUUCUGAACAGAGGGAGCGCAGUGUUGAAGUUCUCUUCUCAUACUUCAUUUGAUCUUGUUUCAUCGAGUUUUAUGCAGAGGAAGUGUUAAUUUAGUCUGCCAAGGCUUAGGGGUCUUGGCUCCAUGAGCCACACCAUAUUUGAAGAUUCUGGUUAUGCAUAGAACGGUUGCUGUCGUCGGGCGACGUGUGUCAUAAUAAAUAAUUCGUGUGAGUUUAUUGUCUUGGCCGCAAUGUUUGUGAAAUAAUACUGAAGAUCCGGCUCACCGUCAUCACAUAAUCCUGCUUCUCCACUGCUUAGUCUGAAGGUAUGACUGUGUCGUUCAUUACUCAGAACUCUCGAGCACUCAAGUACUGAAAUCAGUGAAGUGAACUCAAGCCUGUUGUAAGAGCGGCUUCUGAGAAUCAAAGUUGUGCCUUGGGUCAUGAAAAUGAAACCUAUCACUAUGCGGUUCUGUUUGUUAGGAGUAGAUAGGUUGAAAUCUUCAGAGUUUCACGGUUUCUGUCUAGCUGGGCUUGCUUGUCCGAGGUCUUGUGACUGUGAGCAGAUCUCAGCAGGCCUCCAAGCCUCUGACUACAACCAGCAGGAGCUGUCGAUGGUGUUGCAUUCUUCACGGGUGAUAGAGUUAUAAGAUCACUGUAUCAAGUAUCGAAAUUUCACAGGAAAGUACUCGGUAUUAUCAAUGUAUAUGUCAUGAUU